UUUCAUUUCAUUCUUCUGCGGCGCAUCUCCUUUGAAAGACGUUGCUUGAAUGCGCUGUUUGUAUUGCCAAUUUGUCCGGGGUUUCCAUAUAUUUUGUUUUCAAAUCGAAGGCACUCUCUUAUUUACUAUAAUAACAUUUAAAAAGAGAUUCUAGAAGAAUCACGUCUUGUGCAUAUUAUGAACUCUAUCGAUAGGCGUAUCAUUGUUUUAUUAGACUUUAUACCUUUCACCUUGAUUGCAUAAUUAGUAAUAUUUAGUGAAUUCUCUUAUUUAACACUUAUACUUUUAUUACUGUGUAAGAACUAAGUAUAUAGACAGGAUAUAUCUAAGUUGUGGUUGAUUGCGUGUUUAAAUUGAAAACUGGGAUUAUGGCGAAACGCCAUUUUGUGGCUAGUUCAAGGCGUGGCAUUCGCAAUUGACACGUCAUUGUGUUACUUGAAACGAAUGUAAUUCCUGUAUCCUUCAUUGCAAUAGCAUAAUGCCACGAAUUGAACCUAUAAGGUUGCUGAACUGCUUAAGUGUGCUUCUAUCACCUACAGGAGGCAUUAAAAACAAAGAUGUCAUAUAUCCGUUGUCUGGAUUAAUGACAAAAUACUCAAAGAAGCUUGUGUCUAAGUGUAUAUAUAUUCAAAUUUUAAAAUGCACUGACCUUGAUCUCCUAUCAUUAUUCAUGGGUUGUGGAGGUUGGCGUUUAGUUCAUACCUGGCUGACUGAAAGUAUAGUGGCCAAAAACUGGCCUCUUGUUCGUGAGUUGUUGGAAUUAUUACUAUUAUGUCCAGUUGAUAUUGAGACACUAAAAACGAACAACAACCCAAAGCUGGUAAAAGAGUUAUCAAAAGAUGACAAUCAUUUUGAUAUCAGAGUGCUUGCUUCAAAAUUGGUAGAGCAGUGGUUGAAAAUUGUCAAAGGAGAACAAGUCACACCAAUUGUAAUAUCAGAUAUACCACAAAUCAUUGCAAAUGCUCAGUGUGAAAUAAAGUCUGAUGUUGUUUUACCAAUUCAAAGUGAAGCUUUGACAGCUACAAUUAAGUUAGAAAAUGACAAAGAUUGUGAAAUUGUUGAAAAUGGGAUAGUUCUAAAUGAAAAUAAAUUAACAGAUCAAAAUUUAAGUGAACAAACACGAAUAAAGACUAAUGAUGAGAAUAUUGAAUUAAAAAGUGAAAAUAAAAAUGAAGAAAAAGACUUGGAAGUGAUACCAAUUCUAAAAUUAAGUCUAAAAAACGGGACUCAAAUUAUAUCGCAAGUUGACCCAGAAAAGAAAAAGGACAUUUCAGAGUCAAAGGAUAAAUCUUCAGAAAAGCAUAAAAGUAAAAGUAAAGAGAAGGAUAGUAAGAAAAGUAGUAGUAGUUCAUCAAAAUCUAGUUCUUCCAAACAUUCAAAUAAACCUUCAUCAUCAAGUGAUAAAAGUAAACAAAGUUCAAGUAAACAUAAUGACAGCAAAGAGAAAUCUAGGGAUAAAGAUAAGGAUAAACACAGACAUUCAUCAGAUAGUUCUAAGUCUAAACAUAGUAGAAGUAGUAGUAGCAGUAGCAGCAGCAGCACUAAGAAAUCAAAUUCAUCCUCCAGUAGCAAAUCUAAAGAUGAAAAAAAGGUUAAAGAGGCUUCAGAUAAAGAUACAAAUAAAGUUGAGGAUAAAUUACCUAAACAAACUCCAGACAAAGUAGAAGAGAAACAAAUACCUUCUAUCCAGAAACUAGGCAAAAUUCCUAAACUUAGUGAUCAGAAAAAAGAAAAGCCUUCCAUAUCAAUAGAAGUGAGAAAACCAGAAGACCCUAAGCCUAAAACAGUUAAAACUUUUCAUUCAAGGUUUAGAAAGCAUGGGUUGGAAGAGGAAAUAAAACCACCACCAUCUAGGGCUUCAUUACUGAAUAAGAAACCGCUUCCUCCUUUACCACCUACUGUUUCCAUUCCAAAGAGAUCUUCACCUGUUCAUAAUGAUUCACCACCAGAAAAGAAACCUAAAACAUUAGAAAUUAAUAAAAUUGAAGAAAAACCUGGUUCUAUAAAACUGAUUCCUGCUAAACCUAAACCAAUGGUUCUUCAAGAGAGUGACAUGUUUAUGGAUGCUUUGAAUGCAUCUGCAACAAACAAAAAGGAACCAAAGAAAAGAAAAAGGCGCACGAGUGGUUCGAAAGAUACUUCUCCUCCUCAUACGCCAACUGCUCUAUCAAGUCCGAACAGUGAAAGUAAAUCCGUUCCGCCGCGAUUUUACCAGGAUACGUUAGAUUCAGAAGAAAAUAAAGAAAAAUCACAAGACAAAAGUGAAGAUGAUAUUGAAGAUAAAGUUUCAUCGAAAGCAAAGGAGGCAGAUUGCGAAACAGAAAGUUUAGAACCGCAUACUUUAACGAUAAAUGGUCUCAAAGGGGUUUUAUGUUAUCACAAAAGAAAGGGACCCAAGAAAAGCAUCAAAUGGAAGCCAGACUGCGAAUUAGAAGAAGUACAAUACUUUGAACUUGAUGAAACUGAAAGAGUUAAUGUUACGAAAACAUUCACUGAUAUGAAAUAUUUAGAAAGGAUACAUGAAAGAGAAGCUUUCCAAAAGGGUCGGAAUCUUAGUAAUGAUGAUAUAAUGGAAGAAAAAACUAGCUGGAAACCACUAAUGUUAGUAGAUAUAGAAGGUCAAAUUACUGUUGAAUAUGGCAAAAAUAGUAAAGAAAAAGAUAUUCAAGCAAUACGACAAAAAGGAACCUUACAACCAUUAUAUUUUCAUAAGUCGAUGAUCCCAGACUCACCUCUUGAACCAGAUGUUGAAACACAUACCUAUGUAGAACCAACAAUAAUCCCUUUAGAAGAUGUAACAGGCAACCAGGACAAUAUAAGUGAUUUUAGAAAUAUGCCAUGGCCUGAACCUCGUGGUAAUGCACCACCAAAUUCAAGUAAUAAUGUAAGUGCUGCGCCAAUAUUUCCUCCAAACAUGGCACCAUUUCCUAACCAGUUCCCUGGAGCACAGUUUCCAGGAUUGCCUAAUUUUCCCGGAGUUCCGCCGAUGAUGCCUGGAGAUUGGCCAAAUGGAGUUCCGCCACUGAUCCCAAAUGGCAUGCCAGGCCCAAUGCCACCAGCUGGUAUGCCUCCUGGACCAGUUUCUAUGCCACCAGCAAAUAUGCCACCUGGCAUGAUGGUUCCUCCAGAAAAUAUGAUGAUGGGUCCAGACAUGUUUGGAGGUCCAAACCAAAUGUUUCCUAUUCCACCCGACGGAUUUAAUAUGCAACAAAAUAUGUUCCCAGACUUUAAUAUGGGUGGACCUCACGGUCCACCAGGUCCUGACGGAUUUCCUGUACCAGGCAACUUCCGCGGCCCUAUGAGAGGGCGUGGAGCCGGUGGGCAUUGGAGAGGAAAGGCUGCUGGCAAUUGGGAUAACAGCACACAAAGAGGACGUGGUGGUGGCCGUGGCGGUGUUCGCAAAGCUGUUUGCAUAUAUUUUCAAAGAAAAGGUUCGUGUAGACAGGGUGAUAACUGUACUUUUUUGCACCCAGGAGUGAAUUGCCCGUUUUAAAUGUGUGUGAUUAGGGAGUGUUGUAAAACAUUAUCGAACAAAAAUGGUGUUAACUGUAAUUUUGCGGCAAUACUAGUACUACAAUUUUGUGGCAGUCAUUAUAUUAUGUCAAAGGUAAAAAAACUAUGAACUAGAUAAGUGAUCAUAAGUAAAUGUAUCUGUACAGUAGUAGUAUUUAGCUAGAUCUAUUUCAAGUUAUUCCUAUAGAUUAUGAAUAAACAUUAAUAAACAAAGACUGCUUAGUGUAAAAUAUUUUUAAAGAACUGUAAAUAUUGUAAAUUGUGUUUUACAUAAUAUUUUGUUAUACAAAGUAAAACAAUUAAAACUUCCAGUAUAUAUUUUUAUAAA